AUGUACUGCCUCCGGUGGUGGAUACCACUGUUCCUGCUUCCCUUUCCCAAGACAUCCCCACUCUUCCUCAUCCUCUUCCUCGUCUCGUUUGCAAUGCACUCUCAACCAUGCAUGUACUGCGCCCUGAUACUGACCGGCCUAUUCAGCACAUCCUCCGACUGGUACGGCCCCAGCUCCACCAUUGUGCCGCUCAGUGGAAUCAACACUACAGCAUCAACAGCGGCUUCCAACUCUUCACAGCCUCGUCCGAGCUACGGCUGGCUCGACUUCGGACUGUCCGGUGGCAACGGCUUCUUCAGCCCACUCCACAGACCUUGCUCUGGACCUGCUGGGAACAUUGCAACAGAGCUAAGCUCAUCACUCUAUCGCCUCUCGCUGCCCUGGUCGGAAAGGCAUGUGACAAUCCCAAAGCGCUUCUACUUUGGUCUAGGCAAGCAUCAAGGCCUUGGUGUGUGGAUCGAUCUUGGCAGCGAUAUGGGCAAUUCCUCACCUCACUCACAAGCAACACAAAAGUUGGCAGCUGAGUCGGUUUCUCCGCCACCUCAAACGGCUGCCCACAAGCAUAUUGAGCUAUGA